AUGGCAAGUGAGACUUAUACAUGUUUAACAUGUUCUGAGAAAUUUGCCGAAGGUUCACAAAUACAGAAACAUCUUUCCUCAACCAGACACAAGUCGGUUAGGUUAGAGAACUUGGAUGAAACUCUUGAAUGUGAAGAAUGUGCUGAUAGCAACAUCCAUCAAUUGGUAAUUGUUCGAUAUGGGUUCAGUGAUAUGUCAUUAUUAUGUAAUUCAUGCUUAGAUAAGGAUACUCAGAAAACUGGAGAAUCGCCAAGUGCAAGCUAUUCAUUAUCGAAUGGUGCAUUUUUCAAUAAACUUCCACAGUAUUUAAAAUUCAGAGACAUUGAAUGUAUGGAUUGUGGAGAUGAUUCCCGUUUGUAUGUUGCAAACCCUCCUAAAGGUCAGCUUGUUAUUUGUAAGAAAUGUUUACCAAAAUAUGAGACCGACAAAGUCAAGUUUAUCAGUGAGGAUAGUGACACGUUUUUGUCAGAAUUACUAGGUAUAAAAGAAGCAAUCGUUAAAAGAUCAUCCAGAAAGAGAAAAGUCGGUAAGAAAGGAGGAAAAAGAGGCGGCAAGGGGAGACGUCCAAGAAAAGAUGACCCAGAAGCAGAAGCCAGAAGAGAGCACUAUCUACAGACCAAGAAAACAGCAAGUGAUCUUAAAUCUGGUACAACUGUGAAAGCAAUAGGAUCCACUGGUGCAGCCCCAAACUCAAGUUCAAGAACAAACUCAAAGUCAAACCAAAGUAGCAAAGCGGGUGGCAAGUCUAGUAAACCAUCAAAAUUUAGUGGGAGUGGGAAAUCGACACCGAAAACAGGUAAAAGUCCGUUUUCUAGUGGGAAAUCAACACCAAAAGGUGGGAAAAGUCCCGCUAGCAGUCGUUCUCAAACUCCACUGCUCCCAAAUACUACAGGCAGACAACAAUCUGGCUCCAGAAAUGCCAGUUCUAAAACAAAAACCAGCACCGGGAAACAACCUCCAUCAAGUGGGAACCUGUCUACUAAUCCAUUAUCUGAAACGAAGAAAGGUGACAAGAAGGACAAGGAUCUGAAAAGACCCACAAACAAGAAGGAGUCAACAACAAAAGAAGAUGAUAAGUCCAAACCAAAGUCCAAAAAAACCCCGAGUGUUAAGGAGAAGAAACCUCAUCCAAAAGUCGAUUCUAAACAAAAGACAUCUGAGGAUGAACAGAAACCUAACAAUGCACUGAAACAAAAUAGUUCCAAGUCAAAGAGUCAAAAAGCUGAUAGUAAAAAGACUACUAAGAACGAAGUGAAAGAAAAGAAAUCAAAAUCUUCUACCCCGGUUCCUUCUGAUACUUCCAACGAACUUGGUCUUCCAUCUUAUAUUACGAAGUUUCAUCCAUCACCAAAACCAAAGCUCACCUAUGAUUCAUUGAACGAGUACUUUAAGGAAAUAAGUUUUAAUGUAUUCUUGGAAGAUCAGUUGACCAAUGAACUGAAUAUCUUAGAUUCCAGUAAUUUCACUAUUUCCUGGUACGAGGAUCAAGAUAAGAAAAAUAAUCAGUACCAGUUGCACAUUCCGAUGAAUUCAGAUGUCACUGACAAGUUUGUGUCUCACAAAUUGAAGAAAUUUAAAAAGAACCCCUUUCUGGUUGAUCAGACAAUGUUUUUGAUUUUGAAUGAUGAGAUUAUGUGGUCUGGUUAUAUUGCAACUGCUGAUGAAGUUGCUAGCAAGAAAGGUAGACGAGUCAAGAAAGACGUUAUUGAAUUGAUCAUUGUCUUACAUCCAUGGACACAACCAUUACCUAGAACUGUUCAUGUGUCCAAUUUGAAAAUAUUGCCAGCAUCACAGCCCGUCAGCAGAGUGUUGAAUGCUAUGAAAACGCUUAACAAUUUAAGUUUUAUUAAAAUGAUUCUUGGUAAGGAACCAAUCAGACAAAUUGAUUUUAGAAAUUUCAUUAAAUUUCGUGGAGAAAACUUAAAUGAUUCUCAAAAGAAAGGUGUCCAAUCUGUUCUUAAUAACUCAAUUACUGUGUUGCAAGGUCCACCAGGUACUGGUAAAACAUCGACAAUCUACGAGAUUAUAUUACAGCUACUUGACUCAUUGAAUACUUACCCUAUUCUUGUUGUUGCAGCAUCCAACAUUGCCAUUGAUAAUAUUGCAGAAAAAUUGAUGAAGAACCACGAGAAGGAUAUCUUGAGAAUUACUGCUGGAGAGAAAGAACGUGAUUAUAACCGUUCUCAUCCAUUGGCAUCAAUUUGUUUACACCAUAAAAUGUAUGAUGCUAUGCCAAUGAGAUAUCAACAAGUGAUGGAUGAAAUGAGGCGUGGAUAUGCGCCAUCUAUAGGUACCACUGCUUAUAAGAAGUUUGCUCAGGAGAGAUUUUUCUUAUCAAACCAGAUUGUCACCCAAGCUAAAGUUGUUUUGGCUACUCCUGUUGUUGCUGGGGGUAUAAAAUCGUUAAACAAUGUAAGAGUUGUUAUCAUUGAUGAAGCUACACAAUCAUCUGAACCAACAACAUUGAUUCCAUUGGCAUUACCAUCCGUUGAGAAAUUGGUCCUUGUUGGUGAUCAGAAACAAUUGAGUUGUUUUUCAUUGAUUCCAAACUUGUCUUUGUCAUUAUUUGAGAGAGUUUUAUUGAAUGGUACAUACAAGACACCACACAUGUUGGAUACCCAAUACCGUAUGCAUCCUGAUAUAAGUGAGUUUUCAAGAAAUAGAUUUUAUGGAGGUUUAUUGAAAGAUGGUAUUGAUUCUAGUGCUAGACAUAUUGAAGGUGUCACAUCAAGUCCAUUAUAUUUCUGGGACACCAAAGGUAAUGCUCGUGAGCAAUCAGUUAGAAACUUUUUACGUGAAGAUAGAGGUUAUACCUACACAAACCGUGAUGAAAUUGCUUAUAUCCAACAAGUUUUGAGAACUUUGAUUAUUUCCAAAGGGGUUAAACGUGACCAAAUUGGUAUAGUUACUCCAUAUUCUGGCCAGCGUGACUUGAUUUCUUCUGUUUUGGUGAAUGAUGAAAUUAUUAAUCCAACCAAUGAACAAAUGAAGACUGAGGUUGAUAUUGAUGAUUUGAAGAAUGAUUCCAAACCAGUCACCAUUCAUAUUGUUUCGGGAAUUAUGAUUGCUUCUAUUGAUGCAUUCCAAGGUAGAGAAAAAGACUUUAUGGUUAUGUCCUGUGUUAGAUCAAAUACUAAAGGUGUGAUUGGGUUUUUGAAAGAUGAACGUAGAUUGAAUGUUGCCUUGACAAGAGCCAAAUACUCAUUAAUUAUGAUUGGUGAUGUCGAAUGUUUGAAGAGAGGAGAUAAAUUAUGGAAGGAUUAUUUAGAAUACUUGGAUACGAAAAAUGCAAUUCACAAUGAUGAUAUUUUCAUCUAUUAA